AUGCCGACAUUUCUGGAUCUCCCAAAGGCGGUGCGAAAACGCAUCUACCGCUUGCACCUGCUACAGGACGACCCUAUCACAGGCUCGGACCAUCGCCGCCUUUCUUACGGUGGAACAGGUCAUUACUGGUACCAGAGCGUGUUCCCUGCUCUGCUGCACGUAAACGACGACAUUGAGGAAGAGGCUGGCCCCAUCUACUUCAGCGAAAACGUCUUCGCUAGCACCAAUGCGAGCAGCGUCUACCAGCUACUACUGCUCAUUGCACCUCAGUACCAGAAGCUCAUUCGCAAGUUUGUCAUAACGUGGGACCAGAACUCGACAGGUGCAGGCUAUGACUUCAAGAAUCUCCGUAAGCUGAAGUGCCUGGGCGAACUCACCAUUCGGGUCGAUGAGAAGGCGAUGGUUCAGAAGCUACUGCGUAGUCGUAGACUGCAUCAGCGCUUUGCAUGGGAAGGUGGAGAUCCGACGGCGCAGCAAUGUCUCGCUAUUUUGCAGUUCCCGGGCAUUGCUGCCCUCCUCAGGUUGGGUCCGUAUCCAAAGGUGGACUUCAUCGAGCGCAACAAGUUUGGUGACUCUGCAGAUCGUGGUGGUCCGAUUCCUGGCGGCGUGUUGGAAACACAGGUUGCCCCGAAACUCAUGGGCCAGGCUGUGCUCUCCGCUCCUUCCGAAUCCAUACCCGAAGAGUCUUACUUUCCGUUCUUUUCGCUCUCCCCUGAGCUUCGCAACCGUAUCUACGAGCUCUUGCUGUGCUUUGAGGGGCAAGUCCAGCCAAGUGUCCGCCAACCACUAUCACAACCAAAGAACAAGCGAGCAAAAAAGUAUUUUGCGCCUCCGGAGUCUGCUCUGAGGCUGCUCGAGGUCAAUCGCCAGAUCUACAACGAAGCGUUUGGCAUCUUCUACCACAGCAAUGCCUUCAACUUCGAAUGGACUACCCAUCUACACCAGUUUCUCACGACCAUCGGGCCAGGACGCCAGAAGUGCCUGCGGGAUCUCACGAUACAUUACAUCGACGUCAAGAGUGGCGGGAUUGGCCUCGUCGACAUCACGUACCCGCUCCUCAAGCAGCUGACAGGCCUGCGCAAGCUGACCAUCAUCAUGCAUGGUGACCUUGCCCACAAGGUCAAGAAGCGUCAUUACCAAUCAAAAUAUGGGACUAUUUACAGCGCCAAUCCGGCGAGGAUUCCAGGGAUCAAAGUGUUAUUUGAGCUUCGUGGCAUCCUCGAAAUCAAGGUCCUUGAUACGAUUUUGGAGGAGAAAGUCGAGGUAUUGGAGAAGCAUGCCAGGUAUCCGGAGUUCGAAGAAGGAACACUCGAUGAGUGUCACCUCAAAGUCUCCAAAGCAUUGAAGCAUCUGAACGAUGCUUUGGCUGCGGCUCAGGGCGGUAAUGUCUGCAUGGAGCUCUUGAAAGACGAUCAGUGGCAGAUGGACGACGAGUUCCCACGCAUUGAUGGAUAA